CGCUACGCCCCCUUUGUUUAUUAAACCCGGGUCAGUGAGCCGUUAGCCGAGGGACUAUACGUGCUCGCGUCGGAGACCGUCCGCGGGGAAGCGAAUAUCCAUGCCUUGACGAGCGGAUCGAGUGUGAAAUUGCUUUUAAUGGGCAGAAAUCCCGCCCGGCCGGAGCUGUUAAAAUGAUUGAAACAAUGGACACACAGCGUGCCUUGCAGGCGGUGGAGCGGCUCCAGGCCAAGCUGAAGGAGCGGGGGGAGGUGCCCACCGAGGAGAAGCUCAGCCUGCUCAAGUCGGUGCUCCAGAGCCCCCUCUUCCACCAGAUCCUGGCCUUGCAAAAGUCCGUGCAGCAGCUCAAAGAGCAGGGCGGGGGUGAUCGCAUCACAGAAGCGCAACACAACGGCAGCCAUGUGGCACCUUCGGACAUCUGCGAUAGCAAACCCACAUGCGAUCAACUGGAUCAGAUUAUUCAGACAAUGGCGCAGGGCCGCUACGUGGCAUACGUGGACUUGCAGAAGCCAGCGUCGGGAGGUCUGGGAUUCAGCGUGGUGGGCUUGAAGAGCGAGAACCGAGGGGAGCUCGGCAUCUUCAUCCAGGAGAUCCAAGCGGGAAGUGUGGCUCACAGCGAUGGCAAGUUGAAGGAAGCCGACCAGAUUUUGGCCAUCAACGGCCAGCCCCUGGACCAGACGGUCACCCACCAGCAGGCUAUCGGUAUCCUACAGAGAGCAUCUGAGAGGGUGCAGCUCAUCGUGGCCCGGGGACCCAUACCUCAGCUGUGGCAGCAUGUGGAGACGAUCGAGCUGGUCAACGAUGGUACCGGCCUGGGUUUUGGUAUCGUUGGAGGGAAGACAACCGGCGUGAUUGUGAAAACGAUCCUUCCUGGAGGCAUCGCCGACCAGGACGGCCGCUUGAGAAGCGGCGACCACAUCUUAAGGAUCGGGGACACUGACCUGUACGGGAUGGGCAGCGAGCAGGUGGCGCAGGUGCUGCGGCAGUGCGGCAACCGGGUGAAGCUGGUCAUCACUCGGGGCCACGUGGACGAGAACCCCUCCGUCUCCGCGUCCACGCCGGCGUCGCACCCCGCGGACAAGGGCGAGGAGAAAGAAGAAGAAGAAGAAGAAGAAGGCGCGUUUGAUGUGAGCCUCAUCAAGAACACACAGGGGCUGGGGAUCACAAUUGCCGGUUAUGUCGGGGAUAAAAAUGCAGAGCCCUCCGGUAUUUUCGUCAAGAGCAUCACAAAAGACAGCGCUGUAGAUCAAGACGGUCGUAUUCACGUGGGAGACCAGAUAGUGGCUGUAAGUACAACCAACCAACAGGCCGUGGAAGUCCUCCGCCACACGGGUCAGGCCGUCCACCUGAAGUUGAUUCGCCGGGGAUUCCGGCCCGAUGAGAUUCCACCUGCUGUGGCCCCCGUCGUCACCAUCCUGCCCCCAUCAGCGGCGGUCCUGAAGGAGCUCGACAUGGAGGGACCGACGGAAACUUACCAAGGUAGGCUCAGGCUGCGGGUGCAAGUGUGUGUGCGUGUGCGUGUGUGUGUGUGUGUGUGUUCCUCACAGGGCGGGGGUGAUCGCAUCACAGAAGCGCAACACAACGGCAGCCAUGUGGCACCUUCGGACAUCUGCGAUAGCAAACCCACAUGCGAUCAACUGGAUCAGAUUAUUCAGACAAUGGCGCAGGGCCGCUACGUGGCAUACGUGGACUUGCAGAAGCCAGCGUCGGGAGGUCUGGGAUUCAGCGUGGUGGGCUUGAAGAGCGAGAACCGAGGGGAGCUCGGCAUCUUCAUCCAGGAGAUCCAAGCGGGAAGUGUGGCUCACAGCGAUGGCAAGUUGAAGGAAGCCGACCAGAUUUUGGCCAUCAACGGCCAGCCCCUGGACCAGACGGUCACCCACCAGCAGGCUAUCGGUAUCCUACAGAGAGCAUCUGAGAGGGUGCAGCUCAUCGUGGCCCGGGGACCCAUACCUCAGCUGUGGCAGCAUGUGGAGACGAUCGAGCUGGUCAACGAUGGUACCGGCCUGGGUUUUGGUAUCGUUGGAGGGAAGACAACCGGCGUGAUUGUGAAAACGAUCCUUCCUGGAGGCAUCGCCGACCAGGACGGCCGCUUGAGAAGCGGCGACCACAUCUUAAGGAUCGGGGACACUGACCUGUACGGGAUGGGCAGCGAGCAGGUGGCGCAGGUGCUGCGGCAGUGCGGCAACCGGGUGAAGCUGGUCAUCACUCGGGGCCACGUGGACGAGAACCCCUCCGUCUCCGCGUCCACGCCGGCGUCGCGCCCCGCGGACAAGGGCGAGGAGAAAGAAGAAGAAGAAGAAGGCGCGUUUGAUGUGAGCCUCAUCAAGAACACACAGGGGCUGGGGAUCACAAUUGCCGGUUAUGUCGGGGAUAAAAAUGCAGAGCCCUCCGGUAUUUUCGUCAAGAGCAUCACAAAAGACAGCGCUGUAGAUCAAGACGGUCGUAUUCACGUGGGAGACCAGAUAGUGGCUGUGGACGGCGUGGACAUCCAGGGAUACACCAACCAACAGGCCGUGGAAGUCCUCCGCCACACGGGUCAGGCCGUCCACCUGAAGUUGAUUCGCCGGGGAUUCCGGCCCGAUGAGAUUCCACCUGCUGUGGCCCCCGUCGUCACCAUCCUGCCCCCAUCAGCGGCGGUCCUGAAGGAGCUCGACAUGGAGGGACCGACGGAAACUUACCAAGGUAGGCUCAGGCUGCGGGUGCAACUGGCACUGUUAACUGUGUCCUCCCUUAAAGGUACAACAACGCUGACACCCUUCCAGGAAGAGGAACUUGUGAAAAAGUGGCAAGGGAUUCUGGGCGCAAAUAAUGAAGUCGUCGUGGCUCAAGUGGAGAAAUACAGCGAGAGCAGCGGCCUGGGGAUCAGUCUGGAAGCCAACGGCGGCCAUCACUACAUCCGCUCCGUGCUGCCCGAAGGACCCGUCGGCCGCUGCGCCAAACUAUUCAGUGGGGAUGAACUAGUAGAGGUCAACGGUAUAUCCCUCAUCGGUGAGACCCACAAGGAGGUGGUCCGAAUCUUGAAGGAGCUUCCCCUGUGUGUGUACAUGACAUGCUGCAGACCUGCCCCUAACCUGCAGGCCGACAGUGACGCUUCAAACCCACAAGUAGAAGCUUCCUCUGCCGGAUCGCCACUAGAGAAACAAACACACGACCUGAGUAGCGUCGACGCGGUGGAAACGGCGGAAGCGACAAAUGAUCUGACUCCGGAGGCGACGGGGUCUACUUUGGCCAUGUGGGAGCUGGAGAUCCAAAAUAUUGAGCUGGAAAAAGGAGUUGGAGGGUUGGGAUUCAGCAUUCUCGACUACCAGGACCCACUGGACCCGGCAAAAACGGUCAUCGUGAUCCGCUCCCUGGUACCCAACGGCGUGGCCGAGCAGGACGGACGACUGCUGCCGGGGGACCGACUGAUGUUCGUCAACGACACCAACCUGGAGAGCGCCAGCCUGGAAGACGCUGUCCAAGCUCUCAAGGGGGCUGAGCUGGGCAUGGUGCAGAUCGGGGUGGCCAAACCCCUUCCCGGGAUAAGUGGAGAUUCCUACUCACCGCAGCUUUAUGCUGGGCAGGAAGUCACGUCGCUGUCCACCAUCCGUUCGUUUGACUUCAGCAGUAGUUUACGACAAGACAGGGAUGAAGAUGAACUGCCCAGCGUGGUCCUUUUUCGGGCAGAGCCGGCAUUGGUGGACACUAGCGAAGUGGACGAAAAGGCGCUUGAGCGUACUUAUUAUGGCGAAGAGGACACUUUCCAGGCAUCGAUGAUUGCCCUUCAUGGAAGUAGGUCCGACCUGGAUUUCCUGCACACAUCCACGCCCGAGAUUUCAAGUUAUCUCGACUAUGGGCCGACAUCGGUGACAGCCCCUGCAGGCGGUUCUGACAAGGACCUAGUCACGGCCGAGGACACCACGAAGGCCUUCGACUCCUACAGGCCGUUUAAUGACCUCAAAAUCACGCCCAUAAUCCAGCCGGAACCGUCAGAAUUGGUUCAAUGUCACGCGGAAGAGCCCGCCAGCACUUUUGUGGAACAACCAAUCUCCAUGGAGGAGGACGAGGAAGUCGACACGAGAGCAGACGCUGGCGACCGAGCGGCAACCUCGGGGAGCAGUUUCGAACGGACGAUCACGGUUGUCAAGGGCAACUCCAGUCUUGGGAUGACGGUGAGCGCCAUGAAAGACGGUCUGGGGAUGCUGAUUCGAAGCAUCAUCCACGGCGGCUCCAUCAGUCGGGACGGCCGCCUGGGCGUGGGUGACCUCAUCCUGGCCAUUAACGGGGAACCUACCGCCAAGCUGACCAACGCUCAGGCACGCGCCAUGCUGCGCAGGCACUCUCUUAUCGGAUCAGAUAUGGGAUCUGCUUGCUCACCAGAGGAUGAUCUGUGCCCAUUUUAUGUCAUCACGUACGUCCCAGCAGAAUAUCUCGAGGAGUAUAAGAGCAGCGUGGAGCCGAGGGACAAAGACGACGUCUUCUCUGAACCGGCGUUUGUUCCGCCUCCAAAGUACGUCGGGGACGUUCCCAACCUUCCCGAGCGGGAGGAUGGUGAGGGUGAGGAGAGUGUGUCUUAUAGCAACUGGAAUCAACCGCGACUAGUGGAGCUCUUCAGACAGCCCGGCAAGUCCCUGGGCAUAAGCAUUGUCGGGGGCCGCGGGAUGGGCAGCCGGCUGAGCAACGGCGAGGUGAUGCGGGGCAUUUUCAUCAAGCAUAUCCUGGAGGACAGUCCCGCCGGACACAACGGCACCUUGAAGACCGGAGACAGGAUUGUGGAAGUGGACGGCGUCGAUCUAAGAGACGCCAGUCACGAGGAGGCGGUGGAGGCCAUACGCAGGGCAGGCAAUCCCGUGUCCUUCCUGGUGCAGAGUAUUAUCCAGAAACCCAGGUCAUCGACAAGCGCCGAGUCCAUCGAGGAGAAUGCACCAAUUCUACCCAGAGACAAGGAGGACAAGGAGGGUGACAGUCACAGUAGACUUGUCCUCCGCCUCUCCCCAACUAACCCUUUCACUCCUACCCCGUUUAAGCCCAAGAAGCGCGACGCUGCAAACGCGAUGCCCGCCAGCAUGGCCCUCGCCAUGCCGGUCGUGCCCCACGUGGGGGAAACGGACACCGAUACCCUGGCGGAGACGCUGACUCCGCCCCUUCAGGCUGAUGCGGGAGACGGGGAAGAAGAAGAAGAAGGGGAGGAGGUGGAGUUUGGGAACAACUGGGAGAGUAUCGUCCAGCGUUACGGCAGCCUCCCGGGCGCCCUGCACGCGAUCGAGCUGGAGAAGGGCAAGACAGGCCUGGGCCUCAGCCUGGCUGGCAACCGGGACCGCGCCCGCAUGAGCGUCUUUGUGGUGGGCAUCGACCCCGCGGGGGCGGCCGGGACUGACGGACGCAUGCUUGUCGGGGAUGAGCUCCUCGAGAUUAAUGGACAGGUCCUCUAUGGCCAAAGCCACCAGAAUGCAUCUUCCAUUAUCAAAAGCUCCCCAUCUAAAGUCAAAAUCAUCUUCAUCAGGAACACAGGGGCCCUGGAGCAGAUGGCGGUGGGACCCGUGAGAGAAACGGAGGGAGACGCAGCCGGGUCCCGCGCGGAGGAAGACAUUGAGGUUGGUGAAAGGACCACAGCGGACAAGGUAACCAUCCAGGAAGGCCGCGCCGCAACUGUGAAUGGGGAAACCGAGGCGGCCGGUCUGCCCAGUAUGCUCGGCGUCAACCGACCCGAAACAUCUUCAAGUCACAGUCGCUCGUCCAGCCCGACGACGCUGGCCUGCGACCCGGCCACGUGCCCCAUCAUCCCGGGUUGUGAGACCACCAUCGAGAUUUCCAAAGGGCGGACGGGCCUGGGGCUCAGCAUCGUCGGGGGCUGCGACACUCUGCUGGGGGCCAUCAUCAUCCACGAGGUUUACGAAGAAGGUGCGGCUUCCAAGGAUGGCCGGCUUUGGGCUGGAGAUCAAAUCCUAGAGGUGAACAGCAUCGACUUGCGCGCGGCGAGCCAUGACGAGGCCAUCAACGUGCUGCGGCAGACCCCGCAACGAGUCCGGCUUAUCGUCUACAGGGACGAGGCCCAGUACAAGGAGGAGGACUUGUGGGACUCGUUCAUCGUGGAGCUGCACAAGAGGCCCGGUCAGGGACUUGGACUGAGCAUCGUGGGGAGGAGGAAUGACACGGGGGUUUUUGUGUCCGACAUCAUCAAAGGAGGCUUGGCGGACACAGACGGCCGACUGAUGCAGGGUGACCAGAUCUUGUCGGUCAACGGAGAAGAUGUUCGCUGCGCCACCCAGGAGGCAGUCGCCGGUCUCCUCAAGUGCUGCGUUGGCUCGCUGAAAAUGGACAUCGGGAGAUUUAAAGCCGGCCCCUUCCACUCGCAGCGAAGGCUGUCCCAAAGCAGCCAGGUUUCUCUUACCCAAAUGGAACAAACGAGUGAAUCCUGCACUUCCAAGGUGGCCUCAGGAAUCCUUUCUGGUGAUGCGGGUCAGCAGGCUCCAGAUCACCAGGAGGUGAGAACGGCGGAGUUCACCAAAGGCCCCGGUGAUUCCCUGGGUGUCAGUAUAGCUGGCGGGGUGGGCAGCCCUUUGGGCAACAUACCCAUCUUCAUCGCCAUGAUGAACCCCGUUGGCCUGGCGGCGCAGACCCAAAAGCUCAUGGUGGGGGACCGGAUCAUCAGUAUCUGCGGAACUUCUACCGAAGGCAUGAGUCAUUCGCAAGCUGUCACUUUGCUCAAGAAUGCCACAGGGACAAUACAGCUGCAAGUGGUGGCGGGUGGGGAUAACACAGUGACUGGCGCAGCUCAGGAGCAGGCGGCCGGAGGCCUCCAGGUGCCCAGCUGCAUCUUCCAGGAUGACCUCAGCCCUCCUCAAUACAAGAGCAUCACGCUGGAGAGAGGUCCGGACGGGCUGGGCUUCAGCAUCGUCGGAGGCUACGGCAGCCCCCACGGAGACCUGCCCAUCUACGUCAAGACGGUUUUUGGCAAGGGGGCGGCGGCGGAGGACGGCCGCUUGAAGCGGGGCGACCAGAUCAUGGCGGUCAACGGGCAGCCGCUGGAGGGAGUCACGCACGAGGAGGCCGUGGGCAUCCUGAAGAGGACCAAAGGCAGCGUUACGCUCACCGUGCUGUCGUAGCCGCUUUGCAAACGGUCCCCUGGGUGAGCGUUGACUGAAACUGCCCAACGCAAUACGGUUUACAGUCAAUAGAGCCACGGGCUAAAUAACUGACGUCAUCAUUCCACUCCCAGUUUUGAGCACACACACCGGACUUCAGAGAUGACAUAUAGUGCUGCUAAAUGUUUGUCAUGCAUUAAAUCAGUGUUGGAUUCAUCCCCCCAACCCCCACUCCCCCCUUCCGAAAAGUAUUAGCGCAGAAAACAGUGCCAAAAAGAGUGCCAGCGUUUCUUUAAAGUCCCUGUAAAGUCAAAAUCAUUCUUACAUGUGUUUCUAUGUUUGAAAAUAAUUGCUGGAAACAUGCAAAGUAUGUAGAACUCAUUAUUUGAGCAUUAAACUGAUUCUCAUAUUUUCAGUUUGUCCGAUUUUUUUUUGGGGUGGGGGCGUGGCUAAAAUGAGGCUCAGUGAUGCACUUGGGGAUCAGCCAAUGAACUAUCCCUCAUCCACUCUAUGAGAAAGGGGGGAAACGAAGGUCAAGCUUGUCAGCCAGAGUUUACUGCGCCUUCAUCUUCAUGUUUUUCACGAUUUUGAAGCGUGAUCUGAAGAUUAUUUUCACUUCACAGGGACUUUAACAAAAA